AUGGCACCAGGAGCCCUGAUCGACGAGGCAAACAGCCCUGCCUCGCUGCGAACCAAGAACCACAAUGCGCCCAAGGACAUCUUCCCAGAUGGUAUCCGGACCUCGGGCCAGCACCCUCCUGUCUAUGAUGACCUGAAGCCGUUCUCUGAGUUCCCAGAGCACAUCUCAGGUCCGACUGUGUGGGUCAAGGAAGAUUACGAGAACAACCCAGAGAAAUGGGUGCACCCUUUUACGGACGAAGAGGUUCAGGAGCUCAGUGACACCGCAGACCGCUUCAUUGAGUCCGGCACGCCUCUGACGGGUAUCUCCAAGGACAACUUCCCCCUGCCCAAGCUUGGCAAGGUGCUGCAGACCCUCCGCGAAGACCUCCUCAACGGCAAGGGCUUCAUCCUCUUCAAGCGCUUCCCGGCGCAGCAGUGGGGUCCGCACAAGAACGCGGUCGCCUACAUGGGGCUGGGCACCUACCUGGGCUACUUCAUCAGCCAGAACGGCCGCGGCCACGUGCUGGGCCACGUCAAGGACGUCGGCGACGACCCCAAGCAGAUCGACCGGGUGCGCAUCUACCGCACGACGGCGCGGCAGUUCUUCCACGCCGACCCGGGCGACAUCGUGGGCCUGCUGUGCUGCCACCGCGCGCAGGAGGGCGGCGAGAGCGACAUUGUGAGCGUGCACCACGUCUGGAACACGCUGCGCCGCGAGGCCCCCGAGGUCGCGGAGCUGCUGACCAAGCCCGUCUGGUACUUUGACCGCAAGGGCGAGGUCAGCGAGGGCGAGGAGGAGUGGAUCCGCACCAGCGUCUUCUUCCUCGAGCCCCGUGGCAAGGGCCGUGUGUACUGCAAGUGGGACCCGUACUUUGUCAAGUCGCUCACCCGCUUCAGCGACAAGGGCGUCAUCCCGCCCCUGAGCGCCGAGCAGGUCCAUGCCCUGACCGUGCUUGAGGAGACGUGCCAGAGGCUGGCGCUGCAUAUGGUCCUGGAGGUCGGCGAUAUCCAGUUCCUGAGCGAUGCGCAUGUCCUGCAUGCUAGGACUGCUUACAAGGAGCCUCGUCGCCAUCUUCUGCGCUUGUGGCUGGCUACUCCCGAGUCUGAGGGUGGUUGGGCGCUGCCGUUCCAUGACAGUGAUGAGAAGAAGCGUGGUGGAAUUCAGGUGAACAACAAGCCCCCAAUAUGCCCCCUGGAUGCCGAGUAA